AUGUACAGAGGAGAGAGAGAGGAGAUGAUGGUGGACAUCUAUGAAAGUUUAGAUGCUGUAAGAAAUGAUGAAGUGAUGAUAAACACAGAGAGACAGCAAGAGCUUCAACAUACAGUCAUCUGUGUCUAUUUCACCACUGAAAGAAAACAACUACUAACACACAACUAUAACUUGACUAAAGAAAAUGAGAGGUUGCUUACAAAAUACAGCAAUUUACUAAACCAGAGCAGAAUCUUGACUGAAGAAAAAGAAAAAUUUAGAAACAAAAGUGAUGAACUCCAAGAUACUUUAACAGCUGUUACAGAGCUGAAAAACCAUCACAUCUACAACUUAACCACAGUAAGAGAUGAGUUACUUACAAACAGCAGCAAACUUGUAGAGGAGAAAAACCAAUGUCAAUAUAAAAUCAGAAGUCUAAUGAAUGAAAGAAAAGAAUUAAACAAAUGGUUUACUGAACAAGAUCGGCGCUCUGAUAACUUUAAAUGGAUUUACUACAACUUCAGUUUUUAUUACAUUUCAUCUGAAUAUAAGAGCUGGAGUGACAGCAGACGAGACUGUGAAGAAAGAGGAGCAAAUCUGGUGAUUAUAAACAACAAAGAGGAACAAGUGAGUGAUGGAGAAUGAGAUUUAAUCUGUUUGUGUGUAGAUACAUUAGUGUUAAUCAGUGGCGCAAAAAGUGGGUAUGCGCUUUAUCCGACUCAAAGGGGCACAGCACCAUGGGGGCGUUUUUUUGGGUUGGUAUUUUCUAUAUGUAGCUGAUAUUGUGCGUUUCUAAAUCAUUUCUGUAUUUCCUUAACAUCAUAUAACAUUUUAGAUUACAAACAGGCUAGAGUAGGCACCUUCAUAAGAUUCCAUAAUAGAAUUUUGG